UGAUUGGCUGGCCGGCCUGUCCGUCAGCGCUCAGCUGAACGGAAGCGAGGGGCAGCAGAAGAGUGUUGCGGUCAGCAGAGAUGAACUCUUUAGAGCAGGCUGAAGAUCUAAAGGCCUUUGAGAGAAGACUGACAGAGUAUGUCUCCUGUUUACAACCUGCGACGGGCAGGUGGAGAAUGAUUCUGAUUGUGGUUUCUGUCUGUACGGCUACUGGGGCGUGGAAUUGGUUGAUAGACCCCGACACACAGAAGGUCUCCUUUUUAUCAUCACUUUGGAAUCAUCCCUUCUUCACCAUCAGCUGCAUCACUCUAAUAGCCCUCUUCUUCGCUGGGAUACACAAACGAGUCGUAGCACCAUCAAUAAUUGCUGCACGUUGCCGCACAGUUUUAGCAGAAUACAACAUGUCCUGUGAUGACACGGGGAAACUCAUUCUCAAACCGCGACCACACAUCCAGUGAGGACAUUCUGGCGUCUCUAUUCAGCCGAGUCUUGACUGACAGCAAGCGCUCACAGUGUCCCUCGUCCGUCGGGUGCCCUGCGCAGCAUGGAGAUGGAUUUUGUUCACUUUAGGAACGAAGAAACGAACUAAUUGAGGCUUUUAACAGUGUCCCCCAUGUUGUUGCCAUUGAAGCUGCUGAUCUGCUCACAUAACCUUCGAUGUAUUUUACACAUUCAGUGUGAGUGCAGAUGUUUUUUUUUUGUCUGUUUCUGAUUUCAGCAUGUAUUUUAUCUAAAUGUUUCUAUUUUUAAAGUUAUUUACACAAUAAAUAGACCAG